AUAGUUAUUUACAAUGGAUAAGAUCAUUUGGUUGAGUUGGAUAAUGACACUGGCACACUGAUACAGUGAAGUGUAGAAGCAGAAGCAGAAGCCAUGGCUUCAUUGGCUUUCACAAGUUUCAUGAUUCAUCCACUACCACUACCACUAAACUUUAAAACUAACACUAACACUAACAACGGCUUCUACUGCUUCCCUUCUUGUAGACGUGCUUCGUCUUUAGAAAAGUUCAAUUUUUUUUCACUUUCCCCCCUGCAAAAACCCUCCACCUCUGCCACUGCUUCAAGUGACCAACAUAGCCAACAACAUGAAGAUGAAGAAGAAGAUGAAAGCUUUCAGGUGCUUACAGCCAUUAGAAGCAAAUACAAUGACAUUGUAAUUGUAGACACUUCCACCUCCAGAAUGUUGCUUCUUGAUCACACUAAUAAUGUACAUAGCAUUUUCAACAAGGGUCUUCAGAAAUGGACUGAUUCUUACUGGGAUGAGUUUUCUAGUCUGCCAGCCAUUGUUCCAAAGGGUCCUAUUGCAAUCUAUGGCUUGGGGGGUGGAACAGCUGCACAUCUGAUGCUUGACUUGUGGCCUUCCUUGCAGCUUGAAGGUUGGGAGAUUGAUGAAAUUUUAAUUGACAAAGCAAGAGAUUAUUUUGGGUUAUCUGAUCUGGAGAAGCCUACUGAAGCUGGUGGGGUACUUCAUGUUUGUAUUGGUGAUGUGUUUUCUCCCUCAGAAACUGUUCCGGGAGGAUAUGCUGGCAUUAUCAUAGACUUGUUUUCAGAAGGAAAGGUUCUGGAGCAGUUACAAGAGCCCGCGACUUGGUUGAAAUUGAAAGAAAGACUAAUGCCCGAUGGUCGCUUCAUGGUCAACUGUGGUGGCAUUGGUGAAGCAUCUGAAACAAGCCAGCCAGAAUCUGAGGAUGACACAUGGUUGCAAAAUUCUACUAUCAAGGCACUAUCGGAAUCAUUUCCAGGCGAAGUAUGCUGGAAGAGAAUGCCAAAAAGAAACGGUGAAAACUUUCUUGCACUGACAGGACCUAUACCAGAUUUGAGUUUGUGGUCUGACAAUGUACCAGGUCCUUUGAGUGAAAAUGUGAAACAAUGGAAGCCUUGUAAACCUUUUCCAUGACAGAUGUUUCUCUUCACAUGGUUAUUACAGUUCGCGAUUUUUUCACCAAUUGAUCAUGAAGCGUGUACCACAGAGAACCCUGAUUACAACGAUCUUCAUUGUUUUUCAUACAUCUAGCCAUACACAUUUCUAAAAUCAGCUGUGAAUGUGAGAUGUUACUUGUUCAGGUAAAUUUUUCAUUGUCUUCAUUUUAACAUGGUGAGAUAUCUAUAGCCUUCUGAUACAUGCUUCUGUAAUCAGAUAUUGAUUACAUUAUUUGUGCAUUAUUUCAACGGGGAACAUCAAUAACAAAGUCCUUUUCAAUCUGGUGCUUGCUUUCAAAGUUUUGAAACUCCAUGGAAUAUUAUCCUGCUGCAUACCAUGGAUUCUAUGAUGACACUUGUAGUAAGCUACAAGAAUUUGGAAUGAGAAGGUGCAUUUACAAUUCCCUUUGACUGCA